UGAUGAUUCGCCGUUGGUCGAUCAACAGUCAGGACAGCAAGAUAACAGGACAGCAGAUAUCAUUAUUUUAACGACCGGGACUAAAGCGAAAGCGACGGAUAACACAACUACAUUUGAUUUUUAUGCUGUAUUAUCCUGACAGGAGAGCAAACCCAGAUUGCAUAUGUUUUUGGGAACCGGGACCUGCUUGUGAUUUGGAUCUCCAUAGGAAUACCGUCCAGCUCUCCUCGCUAACAUGCAUCUCUGCGACUGAAUUUGCAACAAACCUAAACUUCUGGAUCUAUCUGUCUGGAUUAACACACAGCCAGGAGAAGUCCACCGCCUGCAUCACCCGUCUAUCCAAAUACAGCCGAAGCUAUGCGGCGCUUUCGAUUCGCAGACCUACCCGGUUAGCUAGCUAGUAGCUAGCUAGCUUCUCGGCUCGCUCGUGCAGCUGCAAGCCGGGGACGCAGCGCUUCAGGUCGGCGUGCGCUCUAACGCCAUGUCGCUGUCUGAAAGCGGCCUACUGGUAGUGUUUGUUUUUCUCAGCUAAUGUUGGCGGUGUCCAGCAGCUCGUCGCUAAUUCUUGCUUUUUAGGAUAGCAACAGGCUUAUAUGUUCGUAGACCUGCAAUAAAAUUGAAAACAAAAUAAAUGAAGAGGAUUUAUUCGACUGGGAAUCACCUGCUGGAGGCUCCACAUGUAAACAAGCCUGGCUGUGUGUGUUUGGGGGGGAUAGAGAGUGGCUGGUUGGAUUUUACCACUAAAUAUUCCAGUUAAUCCUUUGUUUUUAUCCGGAACAUCAGCGCUAGGUGUUAAAGUUAAGCUCAGAGAGUUCAGUAAUGAGCUUAAAAGUCCUGGAUGUUGUUGCUCUGCAGUCCUGUCAGACAUAUCAGCCAUUCAUCCAUCAUUUAUCACCCACAGCGUUAAGCCACUCACGUUUUCUGCUUUAAAUCUAUUUUUUUUUUCGCCAUCGGGUAAAAACUCAGACUUUUUUCCAUAAGCACUUUAUUUUUAAAGCCCUGCUGACUUCCUGCAGUGUUUGGGAACAUGAGGGACUGUCUGUUUGAUCUGAAGCAGCAUCCAAGCCGCUUCAAGGACUGAUCAGAGCCCAACAGAGAGCCCCAUUGUGCGGACUGCUAACUGAGAGGGAAAGAGAUGGUGAUGAUAAGAGAGGCUCAGUGACUGAUCCACAACAGGAAGCACAGGAGAGCAGCCAUGAGCCUCCGCCAGCCCACAUCCACCCUGGACAGCCCCUUUGCUGCUUGGGUCAGCAGUCUAACAGUUGGCGAUUCGGAGCGCAGAGCCCCGGCUGGCCAACAGAGGGAGCUGACACUGGAUGAGAGUGCAAGUCCUGGUCUGGUGCACAGGUGUGUGGUGGUGCAGAAGGACCAGCUGGGGUUCGGCUUCACCGUCUGCGGAGAAAGAGUCAAGCUUGUGCAGAAUGUCCGACCAGGUGGCGCUGCAGUCAAAGCCGGGGUGCAGGAGGGGGACCGGAUUAUUAAGGUGAACGGCUCAGUGGUUUCCUCCAUGACUCAUCAGGAGGUGGUGAAGCUCAUAAAAUCUGGGCCGUAUGUUGCUCUGACGCUGCAAGGACCGGCCUCCUCAGCCUCCUCUGUUCCCCUGGAGCCCCUUCCCACAGACGCUUCACCCAGUCAGAGGUCUUCCCUGGCUGGGGAGGGUCAGCCCCCUCCACCCCCACCUCUACCACCAUCCCAAAGAAUCACUGGACCCAAACCGCUACAGGAUCCAGAGGUGCAAAAACACGCAUGUCAGAUACUCAGGAAAAUGUUGGAGCAGGAGGAGGCCGAACUCCAGGACUUGAUGGACCAACAGCUGAGGAACCCGUCGCCAUCGCUGGAGGAGCGGAUAGAGAGCGCCAAGAGGAGAGCUCACCAAGUCAGGGUCAAGAUCCAGAAUCAGGAGGGAACGAGGUCAGAGUUCGUCACAAGCUACAUCCAAGCAGGAGAAGGACGGCUGUCCAUGGACUCCAGUGAAGGAGACCCGGAGCCCUUUGAGACUCCCAACUCCUCCCCCCCAUCACCAUUCAGGACCCCCCAUCACCGCUGCCAGAACUCGGACACACACGGCCUGUCUGACACGGGUGGAAAAGCGCAGAUCAUCAGCCCUGAGGAGGUGGAUGAUGAUGAUGUUGAUGGCUACCGCUUUAACGAGAUGGACGGUCCUUUCCAGGACAUCGAGUUGUUAAAGUCCCGACCAGCACACAUGACGGUCUUCAUGAGAUACGUCUUCACCCAGCUGCUGGACCCCAACCCUCUGCUGUUUUAUCUGUCUGUGGAGGCGUAUUUAGGCUCCAGCCCUAAAGAUGCUCGGGCGCUCGCCCCUCAGAUCUGCUCCCACUUCCUGGACCCAGACGCUCCUUUGAAAAUCAGAGUGAAAGAGGAAUAUUUAACAGACAUUGAGAAUCGCCUCCACGCCCAGGAGGACAUCAGAGGGCCUCUGUCUGAGCUGCAGCAGCUGGUGCUGCCAGACAUCCAGGAGUUGAUACAGGACUACAGGAACAAGCAGAUGAUGGGUCUGGGCUCUCUGUUUGGGGAGGGAGACCUGGCGCUGCUGGACGGGGACCCUCAGAAGGAGAGGCAGGUGGUGGACAGACAGGUCACCGCUCUCUGGGAGAUACUAUCAAAGCAUGAAGAGGAAAGGAGCUCUCCUCUGGCCUCAGCCGUCGUCCUCUACCUGCGUCACUCCGGCAUCAAGCUCAGAGACUCCAAGGUCUUCCCCGGCCUGAGCACAGAGAAAGAGAAGUGGCUGCCGUUUUUAAAAUCCAAAAAGCCAAGCAGCGUUAAGAAAGAGAAAGAUGGAGAAAGCAAAACAAGGAACCCCAUCCUGAAGUACAUCGGCAAACCCAGGAGCACAUCCCAGUCCACAUUCCACAUCCCGUUGUCACCCACAGAAGUGCGUUCUGGCAGCGUGAGGAACAUCAUUCAGCAGUUUGAGAACCACACAGACCUUCCAGGAGAGGACGAGGGGGAUGCUGCGGACCCCCAGAGGCUGUCCUCCAGCAGCCUGGGAGAGGAAGACAUGGACAGUCCUAAGGUCGCAGUGCGUCCCAGACGCAGCGGCUCGUUAAAAGCUCAGGGAGAGGACCGCCGGCGGGGCGCCGUCCCCGGCGGGGACUCGGUGCCUCGCUCUCGAAGCGACGUGGACAUGGAGGACUGCGAGGAGAGGGAGCAGCCUGGCCUGCCACUGCUCCAUCACAGCGCCUCGUCAUCCGUAUCCAGCAGCUCGGCUCGGUCUCUAGAGAACCCUACACCCCCAUACACCCCCCGGUCCAGGCGCAGGAGUGUGGACUCCCAGCAGGCCCUGCUUCCGGACGGUGCGUUGCUGGAGGACGAGGUGUGUGACGGUCAGAACUGGAGGGACACGGUUGCUCCUGAGCUCCUGGCAACUCUCAGCCCCAAGGAGGUGGAGCGGCAGGCCGUCAUCUACGAGCUCUUCACCACCGAGGUGUCCCACCUGCGGACCUUACGGGUUCUGGAUAAGGUGUUCUACCGCAAGCUGAAAUCCGUGCUGAACCCGGAGGAGCUGGCCUGCAUCUUCCCAAACCUGCCGCAGGUUUACGAACUCCACGCGAGUCUUUGUGAGGAGAUGAAGACGAGGAGAGAGAGUCCCAUCGUUCAGGACAUCGGAGACGUGUUGCUGGCCAAGGUCGAAGGUGCAGCCGGACACGAGUUUCAGGAGCAGGUGUCUCAGCUGUGCUGCCAGCAGACUCAGGCUCUGGAGCUCAUCAAGAACAAAAAACGGAAAGAGUCGCGCUUUGCUCAAAUCAUCCAGGAGUGUGAGGCGAGUCCUCAGUGUCGUAGGCUGCAGCUGAAAGACCUGCUGGUGUCUGAGAUGCAGAGACUCACCAAAUACCCUCUGCUGCUCGACAAGAUCAUCAAACACACAGAGGCCGGGUCGUCGGACCUCCCGUCGCUUCAGCGCGCCCAGGCCUGUUUCCGUGGGAUACUGAAGGCGGUCAACGAGGACGUAAGGGAGACGGAGCACCGGCAGCGCCUCAGUCAGUACCAGCGCCGACUGGAUGCCGCGCCUCAGUUCAAGAGUCUGGACCUCACCGCCAAGACGAUGAUCCACGAAGGUCCGCUCAUCUGGAAGAUAAACAAAGACAAGCAGAUAGAGAUCCAGGCGCUGCUGCUGACAGACUGCCUGCUCCUCCUCCAGAAAGGCCCGGAUGAUCGGCUGCAGCUGCGCUAUCCGUCCCGCUGGUUGGGAGGAGGAGGCGGGGGCAGCAUAGACAACAAGACCUCAUUCAGCCCUCUGGUGAAGCUGGACUCUCUGAUCGUCCGCUCCGUAGCUACAGAUAAAAAAGCUCUGUACAUCAUCAGCACCACGGAGACACAGAUCUAUGAGCUGGUGGCAGCUUCUCCAUCUGAGAAAGACACCUGGAUAGAUUUACUUGAAAAGACGACCAGUGGAUUGAAAGAGAGCAAUCACAGAUCACUUCCUGUUCCUUCUCCUGGUUCAAACAGAAGUUCACCAGUUUUAACUGAAGUCCAUCCUGUGGAGGAGCAGUCAGACUUCAUGGAGAGCCUUCCAUCCCAUAAUGACCACGAACUGGGCGACCUUCCUACAGAGCAACCUGACGCUGAUGGCAGCGAUGAGGACCAGGGAGUCGGCGUAGCGGAAGCAGCUUUACAUGAUGUGGAAACUCUACGAAGGCUCAUUUUACCGCAUGUAGAGGAGGACAGGUGGAGCCACGAUACAGACGACACCCCCACCAACACCAUGAGCAACGGAAAUGCCGAGAGGAGACGACAGGAGUCCCUGGAGACGGUGCUCGACUUCUGCAUCAAUGAAUUGGAGCCAGAGGCUCCGCCCCCAAAAGCUAGGCCUCCAGAAUCUCCGCCUCCAGAAGAUCCGCCCACACCCAGCAGGCAAACCAGUUUCAAGGUUGUGAGGAAAGCUGUGGUUGCGGGUGCUCCUCCUCCUACUCCUUCUUCUUCUGCCCCUGAUGGCAUCACUGAUGAUGUCAGCCUCCCCUCCCACCUGCCGUCCCAGUCUAGAGGCGAGGUCAACCAGCAGGGGAACAUGUUCUAUCUGGUGUUACCCUCAGAGCAGGGAGAGAGCGUCACCGAUGACGUCCGUGACCCUGCCACACCCACCGCCAACCGCGUCCCUCUGCGUCUAGAGGAAGUGUUGUCGGCACAGAUUCAACCAGAGGAUGAAGCAGCGGCCUGCUGCUCAGAGUUCAGCCAAUCAGAGACAGAAACUAUGCAAUUGGAAUUAGAUGUAGAAGAAGAAGAAGAAGAAGAGGAAACGGGCCCAGCAGAAGCUGCACAGCAAAGCCACGUGAUAAAAAACGUGGAUGAGAUUUUUCUCACCAUCGAGGGUUUGAUGAGCAAAUUGCACAAACUGAAGGAGAUCGAGACGGCCCAUAAUAAGCUGCUAGAGUCGCUCAGAGAUGAGGCAGAGGACCAACCGUGUCCCUCUGCAACCGUCUCCAGGACGCCCUCCAUGGACCGCAGCUCAGGAGACGGGAACGAGGGAACGACAGCAGAGCCCAAAAUCCUGUCGACUGGAUUCUGAGCUGAUCUCCUCAUGCACAGAUGUUGAACACUAAUUAGUCUGGGGAUUCCAAUGCAGGUCUGUGCUCCGCUUAUCCAGACUACAUGGGAGAAAACUUGAUGGUUGACUUUAAAGGAAAAAGCAUGAAGAGAGCUAAGAGAAAUGAAGAGUUUGCUGGUGAAAAGGAAGAAGGAAGUGUGAGAAAUUGAAGUGGAGGAAAACAAAGACAAGUUGGAUUUUUGUGAAGGAAAAAAAUAAAAAAGACUUUUGUUUGGUUCUGGUGAGCUGGUUGAAGGAACGGAGCAGAGAAGUGUUGAAAUGUUAAUUUAAGGAAACUUUCCGAGGGACCCGUCACCCCAGCACUUUACCCAUAAUGCAUCUCCCCCUGACCGGGGAGCGGCGGACACCACGUUCACCUUCCACCCCGGCCGAAGGACUGUGUCUGAUUAAUUCAGGUGAUUUGCACUGCGUAAGGAAACACGAGCACCACUAAACUCACUGAAUCACUGUGGUUUCAGCUUCUACAGGCGCUACAGGAAGGCUGCUCCCCACGGCAGAACUUUUACUAACGUCACAUUUUACUUUACUUUGGGAGACACUACUGCUCUGUUUACUACUGAAAAAGCAGGUAGGUUUGAUUUAUCUGGAGGGAUCUCUGCAGAGACACACAGCUGCUCACAUCAUGCCAGCUUUCAUCAUUACGGAGGUUUAACAAGUCACAACCAAAUCUGAGCACCGGCGGUGCUUCAUGCUACAACCCUCAGUCGUAACUCAGUGUUUGGUUCAAGUAGGUAGAAAACUACAAGAUGUUUACGUCUCAUUUUGUGCUGGACCGCCUUUAAGUUUAAAGUGUCAGGAAGAAGUCCAGAAAAACACGUCUGGUAAACUCAACUGCUUUCAUGCAUGUUAGCCUGUUAGCUUAGCAUAAAACUAGAACAAAAUCCCAUGUAAAAAGUAAUGAAAUUCAUCUACAACCACUUCAAAAAGUCAUCUAUUUUACAUCAGCCAACAAGUCGUUAUUUGAUUACAAAUAGCUGUAGAUUUUAACCAGAACCUGUUUAGAACCUUUCUUUAAAGCCGUGGUUCUGGUUAGCUAAAGUAGGGUUCUGUUGGGUUGUUAGUAACACAGAACGGAAGCCGGCGUUCUGAUGGAACAUCAUUAGAAACGCACGAACCCCUCCAUGUCAUCCUCGCAUGAGUUUGCAUGAAUGCUAGAAACUAACCGUUAGAUUGUACAUAUGAUCCAGACUCACUU